CCAUUUUCUGCUGCCAAGAACACGUCAACGAAUGGUCUUUUGCAAUGGCAGCCUCUGGUGAUCAAAAUGUCGAGAUGCCGUUGCGGCAGAAGCAGCCGAAAGCGCAACUCACGAAAGGCAUGGAACACAUCCGAAAAUAUGUGACUGUGCAGGAAACAACGCCCACAGAUCAAGCGACAGCAGGGGAGGAUGCAUAUGGAGUGCCCGCCACAUACGAACCUAUUCGGAAGCCAGCGACGGACUCGAAGAACAAUCCGGAGAAGCGGAGUGAUCCAUUCCAGUUCGGCUCUCGAUACCUGGAAGAAGGCGACGACAUUUUCGCACACAAUGCAUGGGACCACGUCGCUGUCGAUCCGGAAUACAACGACUUCAUUGAGCAGCAAACGAUAUUUCAACGAGAGAACCAGGUGUCUGAUUUCGACAAGAAGCGAUUCAACGAGAAGCCAGAGAAGUGGUGGGAUAAGUUCUACAGCAAUAAUCAGGCCAAUUUCUUCAAGGACCGAAAAUGGUUGGUGCAGGAAUUUCCUAUUCUUGGCGAAGUCACGCAGGAAGGCUAUGGGCCCGUUACUGUGCUCGAGGUGGGCGCAGGCGCCGGGAACACAGCUUUUCCAGUGCUGGCGAAUAAUCGAAAUGCUGAAUUGAGACUGCAUGCGUGCGACUAUAGCAAGAAGGCGAUUGAGGUGAUCAGGUCUCAGCCAGCAUACAAGGACCAGGAGACAGCUGUGCUCCAGGCUGAUGUGUGGGACGCUGCGGGGACAGAGUUACCACCAGGACUCGGAGCAGAGUCCGUGGACGUGAUUGUGAUGAUUUUCAUCUUCAGCGCUCUGGCCCCCGAUCAAUGGGCGCAGGCCGUCGAAAAUGCCUAUCGACUGCUCAAACCUGGCGGGGAGAUCUUGUUUCGCGACUACGGCCGCGGCGAUCUCGCGCAGGUACGCUUCAAAAAGGGACGCUACCUAGACGAGAACUUCUACUGCAGAGGCGAUGGAACACGCGUCUACUUUUUCGAGGAGCAGGAAUUGAGAGACAUCUGGGAGGGCCGCCGGCAAACGCAGGCACCGAGCGGGCGUGACGGCCACGAUGGUCAAGCUCAGGGUAGUGGUGUCAUCGAGGGCUCGAUAAAGGAUGCAGCCCGGUUCGACAUCGUCAACCUCGCUGUAGAUCGACGCAUGCUCGUGAAUCGACAGCGUAAGUUGAAGAUGUAUCGUUGUUGGAUGCAAGGACGUUUUCGCAAGCCUGUUGACGAGGACAACGUCGGCGCGCGAAGCAGGAUCUUCCGCGACGGUGAUGGGGCGCGGGAAGGAGGUGCCGUCCCCGUGCCGUAGAGUCCACAGAAAUGCCAAGAAAAUGCACCACCAUCGCGAUGCACCUCUUGUCAUUUUCAUGGUGUGCUGCAAUAGGCUCCGCCGACGAGAUAUUCGAAUGUAGGGCAUGCGUCUAACAAAGGGGCAAGCGCGAGCUGCAGCUGCCGCGGUGGUUCGAGAAAUUAGCCUUCUUGCUGCGCCGUAGGGCUGCAUUGUCGGGCACAUCAGUGGCUGGGAUCUCCACUGUCCCUCUUUGCCUGGCGAUUCGCGAAGCGCGGCGGCCCAUUGGCUAGCAGUGGAGACAGUGUUUUGCCUGCUGUACCGAGAAGGAAGUGCGUGCCAAUUAAAUUGUUUCCGAUGAAGCAGACUGGGCAUAAAUUUCAAUGAAGCGGGC